GAGAGAGACAGAUGAGGAAAAGAAAAGAUCGAUUAAGAUCAGAAGAAACACCAGAAGACGAAGAAACAUGCAACGAAACUGGGAAAGGAGGGAAAGGGUUUUUCGCUUGCUACCUUCUGUGCUCCUUGAGCCCCAGAUUCAAAGGCCAGACCUACAUCGGGUUUACAGUAAACCCUCGUCGUCGGAUUAGGCAGCAUAAUGGUGCAGUGACAAGUGGUGCUUGGAGGACAAAGAGAAAGCGCCCUUGGGAAAUGGUAUUAUGCAUAUAUGGUUUCCCAACUAACGUUUCUGCACUCCAGUUUGAGUGGGCCUGGCAGCAUCCAAAGAAGUCAUUGGCUGUUAGAAAAGCAGCUGCAGAAUUUAAAUCCCUUUCUGGCAUUGCCAAUAAGAUCAAGCUUGUCUAUACAAUGCUUAAUCUUCCUGCAUGGGAGAGCUUGAACCUCACAGUAAACUUUUUCUCGACAAAGUACCUGACACACUCUGCUGGAUGGCCAAGCUUGCCAGUACAUAUGAAAGUCCAAGUUUGUUCAAUGGAUGAACUUCCCUGCUACAUAGGAGGUGGACAGAUUUUAGAAGACAAUGAAGAUGUCCAGGAGGCUGAAAAUGAUUAUGAUGAUGGACCAAUAACAGAGCUGGGUAUAAAAGAUCACAAUUUUGCUGAAUAUCGGUAUGGCAUUGAAAUGACUGCUGCUCAUGUCCAGACCAGAAGGAUGGAAGAUGACAAUUGUUUUGGGAUGCCUGAGGGCCCCCUCACUCCAAAAAGAGAUCACAGGGUUCCCGGUUUUGCUGGUGAAUGCUGUAUAACCAGCUCCUUAGGCACCAAAGAAACAUUGGAAGAUAGAGAUAUCUUUGAGGAGACUGAAAAGGGUGAUAGUAAAUUAGGUCAGCAAGGAGAACUGCAAACAACGGAAGUUACUGGUAAUGAUCAACCACCAUCAACUGAUGGUCUUCUUUCCUCUCCUGAAGUUGAGAUAAUAAAUUUGUCAACUCCCACUCCUGACCGGAUUAUUCAUUCGUAUCGUAGGAAGAGAAAAUUUCGAGUUGUUCCCAAGAUUAUUGACUUGACAGAGUCACCAAACUUUAUCCAAUUAUGAAAUGUUGGAUAUGUAACCUACAAUCGAAAGAUGGAAAUCAAUUUCUGGCUCGGAAUAAAGAAUUUGUUUCU